GUUGAGCUGACCCGAUACUUGGGCCCUGCUUGCGACCUCACCUUGUUUGACUUCAAGCAGGGUAUCCUGUGCCACCCAGUCCCUAAGACACAUGCUUUGGGUGUUUCUGGCAGGAAGCGGAAAAAGCCUUCAAAGCCAGUCAAAGCUCAGCAAUGUCAGAGCGCGCCGCGGAAGGGUGAGGCCAAUGGGAAGGCCCCCGUAGAAGCAGCUAAGGGUGAUGCUGGCACAGCUGCAACUUCGUUCCUUGCACCUGGGUGCUGCGAGAACUGUGGAAUCAGUUUCAUGAUAGAUGGUACCAGGAAGCAGCGGCUUAAGACACUGUGCAAGGACUGCCGAGCACAGAGAAUUGCCUUCAACCGAGAGCAGAGAAUGUUUAAGCGUGUUGGCUGUGGAGAGUGCAAGGCCUGCCAGGUGACCAGGGACUGCGGGACCUGCUCCACCUGCCUCCUGCAGCUGCCCCGGACUGCGGGCUCUGGGCUCUCCUGCAAGUGUGAACAGAGACGCUGCCUCCGGAUUGUGGAAAGAAGCCGAGGGUGUGGAGUGUGCCGGGGCUGUCAGACCCGAGAAGACUGUGGCCGUUGCCGAGUCUGCCUCCGCCCACCCCGCCCAGGUCUCAGGCGCCAAUGGAGGUGCGUUCAGCGGCGUUGCCUGCGGCACCUUGCCCACAGCCUCCGGCGCCACCGUCAGCGAUGUCAGCGACACCCUUCCCUGCCUGUGGCGCCCCCUGCUGGCAAACUUGGCCGCCGUAAAGGAGGCUGCGACCCCAAGACUGCGACCCGACGGCGUCCCCAAGCCCAGCCAUUACCUCCGCCACCCGUAUUGCAAACCCCAGAGCCCACAGAGCUGCACCCCAGAGCCCUGGCCCCCUCGACACCUGCUGAGUUCAUCUAUUACUGUGUAGACGAGGAUGAGCUACAGCCCUGUACCAACCGUCGGCAGAACAGGAAAUGUGGGUCCUGUGCAGCCUGCCUGCGGCGAUCGGACUGCGGCCACUGCGAUUUUUGCUGUGACAAGCCCAAAUUUGGAGGCAGCAAUCAGAAGCGCCAGAAAUGCCGUUGGCGCCAGUGCCUGCAGUUC